AUGCGGUUUUCCAGUACUAAUAUUGAAUUAGUAUACGCACAUCAUGAUACGGGCCAUUACACGGCUGCACCUCGCCAAGUGAUUCCAGGGGAACCGGCCAAAGCAGGCAGAUCUCUGGAACGCGCAUUGAACAAGCUUGCUUUUUCAAAUCGGUCAUCCGCCUCGGUGUCGUCUCUUGCUGGCGUGAACACUCACAAUGCCGAAUGCGAGAGUACCGGCAAUGGCAGCAAUGCAGUCUCCAGACCUGUCACUCCGCUCAUAAACCACAGCCGGCCUAGCACCCCUUCUCCUCGCAUGAGCAUGGACCUUGGUCACGCUACUCACCUCCAAGCGGAUAAUGAGUUCCUCCGCGGUCUCGUCCAGCAAACGCAACGAGAGAAGCACACUUUGAUGGACACAAUCGAGGCUCUCCAAGCGGAAAAAUCUCAGUUGAAUGCGCAAAUCGAAAACAUGAGCCAGGAGCGCCACGCACUUCUUACAGAACGGGACAUCUUGCACGCUACAAUUAAGAAGCUGCAAUUUCCUACUGGAAUCAACCCCUAUAUUCAGGGUCAUAGCCACAUUGUACCAAUGAGAUCCCCGAGUGCCACCACUUUUCCAAGUAACAAUCCCUGGGGUGCGAUUGGAAGUGGGAGUCGAGGAGCUAGCACCAGCCCAAACGGCACACCUGUCGACAGCCCUGCCAUGCAACCGCGCAGCUUCAGUUUCGCCGCCCCAGCAGCUGUCGGUCCUGUGGGCAGCAUCCCUGCUCAUCUCGCCUACAACACUGCGCGGAUGGGUAUGAAAAGCUCAUCUGACACAACCUUGGACACCGCUGUGCCAACCCAUGGAUCCGUCAACGGUAAUGGUGUCGAGCGUGGAAAUAUAAAGGCAGAUGCACAGCUCGCCGAGAACCUUGUCUCAAACAACAUGGAAGGGGAGAGGCUGAAGGAUCUGUUGAGCAGCCUGGGACCGAGUUUUUAA